GAGAGCAGUUUUAUCACUGUAACCCUGCUUCCCCUUUUGCGGCCCAUUGCCACAGCAACUCUUCCCUUUCAGACAGGAAAUGACAGGGAGUCCUGAAUGAGGAGGAUCUAAGUGUGUCAGUGCAGGGUGGUUCACUUUGCUGUGACACCCUCAAUGGGUGAUCAUCAUUUUGGAAUCCCACCGUUACUUCAGCCAUGUCUAAGAACAUAAAGACUCUGGGUGUUCCUGGUGUUGGUCACAUGAGCCAGGCAGUGUCAGAUGGCGAGCUGAACAUGUCUGGUCGUGGCUGUGCGGGCAGUUGUACCAGUCUGCCAGGGGCCCAAGGGGGAGAUGCCCAGGCCAGCAGUGUCGUCAGCUGGGCUGUGUGCUUCGAGAAGCUAUUGGAAGACCCCAUGGGAGUAUGCUACUUCAAGGCCUUCCUGAGGUCAGAGGUGAGUGCGGAGAAUAUCCUGUUCUAUCAGGCCUGCGAGAAGUUCCGGGAGAUUCCACCCAGCCGGAUGAAAGAGUUAAGUGAGGAGGCUCAUGCCAUCUUCCAGACGUACCUGUCUGACCACGCUCCCUACGCUGUGAACAUCGACGACACGGCUCGCGUGGAGGAGAAGGACCUGCUGAAGCCUACAGCUGAAAUGUUUGACAAGGCCCAGAAACAGAUUUUAAAGUUGAUGAAGAUGGACAGCUACAGGCGCUUCGUCCGCUCCCCUCUUUACCAGAAGUGUACCCUGGCCAGUGUGGAGGGCAGGCCACUACCCAGCAUCCCCGCCGAACCUACCAGCACAGGAUCAUGGGAGAACAUGGCCACCUUUAGCUGCUCCCUCAAUGACCGCAAGAAGCAGAAGGAUAAGCAGCGGGAGAAGAGGGGAUCGUUGGGAGUAGACGGGUCGUACACUAAGGUGAAUGUGUCUCGUAAGGACUAUCGGAUGUCCAACAGCAGUGUAGAGAAUGGUCGCUCUGGUCCCUCAGACCAGGGGCAGGGUGAUGGUUGCGGUAGUGUGGAGGGAGGUUACUGCUGUGUCUACCUGCCUGAUGGCAGUGCAUCCCUGGCCCCCAUAUGGCCCGGCCUCCCCCUCAGAGAAAUGCUGUCUGGCCUCUGUGAGAAGAGAGGCUUCCCCCUCAAAGACAUCAUUAUCUACCUCCAUGGCAAGGACAGGAAGCCCCUAUCUCUGGAGCAGGACUGUUCAAUACUGAGGGACCAGCAGGUCUCCCUGGAGCUGAGGGUGACGUUUGCGUUAGAGGUGGUGUUCACUGGUAAGACAGUGGGCAUCAUGGUGAAGUCCAGUAAGACUCUGCAGGAUGCCCUGUCUGCGGUACUACAGAAACACCAACUCGCAUCACACCAGGCCCGGGUCACCAUGAGUGAGAGUGAUGUGCCACUGAGCAUGAGCACUAGUGUGUUCAAACUGGCCAAUAAGAAGCUGCAGCUGGACAAAGUUAGCAGUCCCAGGAUCAGUGGCCAAACUCCAGUCACACAGGAGAGCGGUAGAUCUCCAGUAGGCCCAGAGGUCCACGUGUCUCCCCAGGCAGACGGACCCGGAGCCAAGCCCAGGGUCAGGAAAAACCAUGAGAUGGAGGUGAUGAUAGAGCUGUUGUCCAGGGCCCAGGCCUGUAGGGUGGAUGACCAGAGAGGCCUGCUGACCAAGGAACACCUGGAGCUGCCCCGGUUCCUCCUGAAACCCCCUGUCCACGACCAGGAGACUCAACAGGGGGAGGCUGGAGASGUGACAGGGGGAUGGAGCCCCCACAGACACUGAGUCAGAGAACCAUCCCACUCCCACCCCUGUUGGAGCAGCAGAGCCUGGAGUCUGUCACUCAUCAGGUUCCAAGCUCACAGGAAACGUGUGUGGGGGGAGUUGGUGUAAAAUUUAACAAACUGUAUACAUGAAGACCCCAACUAUUAAGAGGGCAAUAGUCUAGCACUUUUGCCUAUGAUUGUCUAAGCUCAGAGACAUGUCUUAUCAUACCUUUUGUACAAAAUGAAAUGCCAAGUCUGUUAUAGGUUCCAAUUCCUCCCCUGAAUUCAGUUCUUUUGGAAUCAAGGAAUGACUUCAUUCACGAGGGUCUUGCAUCUCUAAGUUUAACUUUUAUAUUUAACUAAGCACUUUGAGUACAUGUUCUUUGAUUUGAGAUUUAACUGGUUUUAUUUUAGCACUUCUCUUGUGAAAUUUUAAUUAUCUGGCAUUUAAUACUUUUGAGCACAUCAUUUGCUGUGUUUGCACUUUGAAUGCUAGGUCCUGAAUGCUAGGUCCUCUGUGAUGGUCAAUCCCUUGAAUGCCAGGUCCUCUGUGAUGGUCAAUCCCUUGAAUGCCAGGUCCUCUGUGAUGGUCAAUCCCUUGAAUGCCAGGUCCUCUGUGAUGGUCAAUCCUUUGAAUGCCAGGUCCUCUGUGAUGGUCAACCCUUCUGUCUGUGUUAUCAGAGUGCUAUUCAGGGUCUAACUUCAGUAUUAACUUAUCUUUCCAUGCAUUACACAUUAAUAAAUCAGGUAUCAUUGAUCUA